AUGGUAAUCGAAGCUCGUCCAUAUGCUAUUGUUCUAAUGAAUGAGGUGAAUAACCCGACUGCCUUCUACAAACGAUUCUGGCCGAGUAAGAGUUGCAAAUAUGAAUUCGAAAAGGAUGGAGCUCGUUGGAUUAAAGUGCAAAAUGAAGGAGUGACGUCUGAAGCUCCCGAUUCUGCCUUCACCCACUUCACCUUUACGGUCACCGACUGCAAAAACGACCAUGUAAUCAAACCAGCUGUCUAUCAAAUGAUUGAUGAUGAUUCCCCUGUGCCUGCAUACUUCCCUCUUCUUCGGAGUGAGUUGUUGGAACUGGCCGAAAAUAUCUUCACCCGUAAAAAAGGCAAAACACAUUUGAAGAGAAAAGUUUUGCUUGUAUGCGGUGAUGGUAUAACCAAAAAUGGAAAUUUUGCGGUUUUCGAUAUUGUCAUGGAUCGUGCGGCAACUCAUGAACGAGUUGGACUCAAAGAGACGGCAAGGAUUGUUAUGGAUCAACGUUGGGGAACUGUUGGUAGUUCAGACGAAUAUAAACUUCUGCACGCGAUGAUAAAGGCUCAAAUUCAGCCAUUGUUGCAAAGGGCCCGUCGUUCGAAUGCUAGUUCACAGGACUAA